UCCGCCCCAGUACGGGAGUGUCAGGCUGCGGAGGGGACCCGCCGGCCGCCCCGCCCUGCUGGAGCCCGGCAGCGGUUGAAGGAAGGAAGGAAGGAGGGAGGGACCGAGCUUAAACGAAGGAAGGAGGAGCCCGGCCCCACGCCCGCAGCGGUCCCCAUGAGCGGGCGGUGAGCGUGGAGUCGGCGGCCGCGGGAGCUUCCCGGCGCGGCGGGACCCAGCCAUGGACUGGCUCAUGGGGAAGUCCAAGGGAAAGCCAAACGGUAAAAAGCCAGCACCAGAAGAGAAGAAACUUUACCUGGAGCCAGAAUACACAAAAUCCAGAAUUACUGACUUUGAAUUCAAGGAGCUGGUGAUGUUACCCCGAGAAAUAGACCUCAACGAGUGGCUAGCCAGCAACACAACAACAUUCUUUCAUCACAUCAACCUGCAGUAUAGCACAAUCUCAGAGUUCUGCACGGGAGAGUCCUGCCAGACCAUGGCAGUGUGCAAUACACAGUACUACUGGUAUGAUGAGCGGGGGAAGAAGAUCAAGUGCACUGCUCCUCAGUACGUCGACUUCGUCAUGAGCUCGGUGCAGAAGCUGGUGACGGACGAGGACGUCUUCCCGACUAAAUACGGCAAGGAAUUCCCAAACUCCUUUGAGUCCCUAGUGAAGAAGAUCUGCAAGUACCUGUUCCACGUGCUGGCCCAUAUCUACUCCUCACACUUUAAGGAGACUUUGGCACUGGAGCUGCACGGACAUUUAAACACACUCUACACACACUUUAUCCUAUUCAUCAGGGAGUUCAACCUCGUGGACCCUAAAGAGACCACCAUCAUGGAUGACCUCACAGAGGUCCUCUGCAGCAGCAGCAGCGGCAGCAGCGGGAGCAGCAGUAACGGCAGCGGCAACGGGAGCAGCAACGGCGCGGGAGCACAGAACCACGUGAAAGAGAGAUGAGCCCUCCCGCGGGAGCCCAAGUACCAGGACAAACAAGCCUAGCUCCUCUGUGUGGACGUGGAUGGACAUGGUCAGCUAUACAUACAGGGGGACCCGGCCGGGACAGCUGCCCCCAGGGGCCGCGUGGCCGCCGGGGACCGGAUGGAGCCUUGGGGCCAGGCGCUGCCGGCGAGAAGUUGCACCGGUUGGAUUUUGUUUCCUGUCCGCUCCUCCUUUCACCUGCUGAGAUGGAUGGCAAGUGCUGGCUUGAGAGAAGAGCCAAGCUGGAGAGUGGGGCCACGCUUGGCUUUGGGGUUGGUUUUUUUUUGGUUGGUUUUGUU